AUGAUUACUCUCCUUCCGAGAGCACGUAUCUGGAACGUAGAAGGGAGGGUCCGUGGAAUGAAUUUGGGCAACGGUCGUUUCCAAUUCGAUUUUGAUAAGGAAGAAGAUUUGGUUAUGGUUCUAAACAAGAGGCCUUGUCACUUCAACCAUUGGAUCUUUGCGCUGGAACGAUGGGAACCGUCCACAAGUGAGGACUUCCCUAAUACUAUUCCUUUUUGGAUCAAAGUUACAGGAUUUCCAGUCCAUUUUUGGAACGACGAUGCUUUCACUGCAAUUGUGAAAGCGCUGGGGAAGAAAGAAGCUAUCGAUGCAAAAUAUGCUCGAAUCCAGGUUUCUAUCAAUGCUGAUCGUCCUCUAAAGAUGGAGGCACGGGUAGAAUUCCCGAAUGGAGAUAUAGGUAAAGUAAACCUAACGUACGAGGGACUCAACCGACAUUGCUUUGGAUGCAAGCGUAUUUCCCACGACAUAUACUCUUGUCCAGAUCUAUCUCAGGAGGAACGGGAGCAGAAGAUUAAGGAACUACAGGAGCUCAACCCAACAGGAGCACAAGGGUACUCGCAUCAAGCUCUCAGUGGACCGGCGGGGAACUAUAGAAGCAAUGGUCCAAAUAAUAAGAGGCGUCGAUCCCCCAACGGUGAUGUCUACCAAAGAUCACCGUCGCGUGAUGAAUAUCCUGGUCAAUCCAGAGAGGGAAAACGGCAAAAGGAAACAUGA